CCACAUGUGUCAUCCUCUCGAAACUACCACUCCUUUUAUCCCACUAUAAUUUGUUUCCCUUUGAAGCUAGGUUUUCAUUUUUCACCGCAACAUUCUCAAACAUAUUCUAAGAGAAAAAGCUUAGAAUUUUCUACAAGGUAAGAAAUUUUAAAAAAAUGGCUCCAAGAAAGAAGAAGGUGGUGAAGACUACCACGAAAGUUGUACAAGAAACGGUUGAAGUGGUUUCGGUUAUCGGGUCACAAGAAGACCAAGCCCUAGCCCGACCCGAAGUCACCGAGGAGCAAACCUCGGUAACGAAGUCGAUCCCAAUCGAAGACCAAGAAACCGAGACUCAAGACCUCGAAAUUGAAAAACUCCCAACCCCGCCGAGAGAAGAGGCCCCUCCAAGGAAGGAAGAGUAUGAGGGCCAAGCCCGGACCAAGGUUGACGGUCCAUCAGCCCAAAAUGAGGCCCAAGAGGUGAAAAAGGAGAAGGCGGCAAAAACAUCGACAACGGGCCGAAAACGGGGGAAGAAGAGAAUGAGGGGAGAAAUGGGAGAAGGGUAUAAAAGGUAUGUGUUUAGGGUGAUGAAACAAGUGCACCCGGGGAUGGGAAUUACGUCAGGGGCAAUGACGGUAAUUAACAACUUUAUGACGGAUAUGUUCGAGAGAUUAGCCGGUGAAGCGUCGAAAUUAAGUACGUACAGUAAGAAGCAGACGAUGACAGCGAGGGAGAUACAAGGUGCUGUUAAGUUGGUGUUACCUGGAGAGCUUGGUAAGCAUGCAGUUGCUGAAGGGAGUAAAGCUGUUACUAAUUAUGUUACCUAUGAUUCUAAGAAAUGAUGUAUUAUAAUUUAAUUUGUAGGGUUGACCUUUUGUUGUAGGGAAUGUUUUAGGAGUAAUUAAUUUCAAUGUUUGUGUAAGUUUUAUGUAGAUUGUAACAUGCCCAACAUUUUGUGUUGAUUAGGGGAUUUUCGGUAGGUUUGUUUUUGGUA